AUGUCAUCUGCAGAAGAUACGGAAGAUUUCGAUGCCAACUUACCGCAGUCAUUAAACUUAAACAUGGUUCCAGUUACUUUUGCUUGUAAACCACCUUACUGUCAUUUUGGAUGUGUUGAUGCUGGAUCGGGCCCACUCUGCGUAUUUUGUGGUUUGAAUGAUCAAGUCAAAUUUGGCCAAGGAGCGCUUCGUCGUUUCCACUGUACAGUCGAAUGGAGUCCCUUGCCAGAUUGGUACCAGACAGUAGUGAACAAUGCUACAAAUGAGUCAGCCGUCUGUGGACCGGGUUGUGCGGCUAAGCCUCUAUCGAGCAGAAGGAAUCGUCGGAAUCAUUCGGUUGUGCUUACUCCUCCUUCGUGCACAGUCACCUUGGACGACUUGCUGAUUGGGUCGCAUAUGUCAAUGGAUGGUUGCCGGUGGUAUAAGGAUAGGAAAAACACAGGGUUGGAUGGCAAACACAGCUUUUCGUGCCUACCUAAUGCCUAUUUCGAUUGCGAAGGGCGUCCCUUUGGUCUCAUGGAUGAACUUAACGAUAUCGGUUGGCCUGAGGUCCCCGAGGGUGAGGCACCUCUUGAACUGUGCCACCUUGUGCAUCCCUGUUCCCCCCGUGAGGGUGGUGAGGGAAGUUGGAUUUUUGCGCAUCAUUGUUGUGCAUCCUGGUCAAUGGGUGUUCAUUUUAAUGAAAACUCCCAACUCAGCCUAGACGGUGUGGAGGAUGCAGCUAAGCAUGCUUUGACUCAAAUUUGUGCCCUCUGUCGUCGUCUGGGUGCAAGCUUGCGAUGUCGGUUUCCCGGCUGUGAUACCUAUUUUCAUUUCCCCUGUGCUGCUGGCUCUGGGUGUCUACAGGAUGUCGAAAUACUUGAAUUGUUAUGCCCACGACACUUGACGGACGCAGAGCUACAUGGUUUCCAGUCAACACAGUGUACUUUAUGCGAAUGCUUGGGGGAUAUUUCGGAACUUUUGUUUUGUACGGGUUGUGGCAGUCACUAUCAUUCGUCGUGUCUUGAUCCCUUAUUGCAACCCAAUCCGACGAUGCGCAUUGGUUGGCAGUGCGCUGAAUGCAAGACAUGCCUGAUAUGCAACGAAAGCAAGGACGAGAACAAAAUGUUGGUCUGUGAUGUGUGUGAUAAAGGCUUCCAUACGUACUGUCUCCGACCUCCAGUUUCCAGCAUACCCAGAAACGGGUUCAAAUGUGAACGCUGUCGAGUGUGCAUGGACUGUGGAUCUGGUCGGGCAUCAUCUCUCUCUGCGGCUAGGACCUCGCGUAUUACUAAUGUCUCCCAGCUUCCAACUUUCAAGUGGCACCACAAUUACACUGUGUGUGAUCGGUGCUUUCACAUGCGUAAACGACCCGCAGCCACCUGUGCCGUUUGCGAGCGUGCUUGGCGUUGUUGCUUGCCGGUGCCGAAACACGUUUCCUCGGAGUCAUCUCUCAUUACUCACGUUGUCUGGCCUGGGCGUCGUUGCAGCAAGUGUCAUCGUAUGGUCCAUGCGGAUUGUGAUCCACAUCAAAACGAUAGCGGUGGUUUGGGCUCUCCUUUGAUCACCCGGAAUGAAGAGGCCCACUGCACUACUGGAUCAGCCUAUUGUUGCCCUCAUUGCAAAGAUCAGGACUCCGCCACUCUGUUGGAUCAUUCGCUGGUUUCCGUAUCUUUCGGACCCAGUCCAAAUAUUGGCUGCGGAAACAGCAGCAACAGCGGUGAUGUUAACGACGAACUCUUUCCCGGAUCUACUAUUGAAGAUUCCACUCGCGCAAUUCCUUCACUCGGUCCGGUUGGGGGAACCGGCACCUGGGCGAGCACUCCCUCUAGUUGCACUUCUAACUCAACUACGCCCAACACCGAUAUGGGUAAGCAACAAGAUACACCAGGAGUCCACUGUGCUUCUGCCUCCCCUCGAUUGAAUUCAAAAACCAACUCCAGUAUGACGAAUAUCUCCCGGACCACUUGUCCUGGUUCCUUCGCCAACCGUGUUGCUUGUGAAAAUGGCAGUACAACUGCAUCCCAUAUGGCGGGGCGAAAACGCGGAAGCAGCGCUCCGGUAGACGCGAAAUCGGGAACAGUUACUAAGGUUCCAACUUCGGCAAGUUCGGGCACCUGGGUAACGAAGACCGGCGCGCUCAAGCGAACUUCCGGCACUCCAAAUGCGGUCUCUUUAACCCGUUCGCGCCGUGCCAAAACCAGAAAAUCCUCAUUGACUGUGCCAAAGCAUUUGCAGCCACAUUUACCAUCAUCCUGCGCCACAAGCAUCUGUACUAAAGUCGUUAGAAGCAGAACGCGUUCGCGCGAGUCUUUGCCGGCCGAUCGUUCCAACGGGAAUGUGCGCGAGCUGCAUAGACAGUUACCCGGUUCCUCAAUAGCCUAUUGCACUCGGUCGACUACAGCUGCCGCAAACCUUUCCAUUGGCCCCACACGGAAUCACCGUGACUCCCAACCUGGAACUGUUAGUGAUACAACCGCUGCUCAGAACAGAUAUCGUCGUUUGUGCCUUCGCAGAGCAUUCUUGGCUGCUCGUAACAAGUUAUCUUCAGAUAACUCCAACAUCGUACACCCUAAUCGGUUUUCCGGCAUGAAUUCAGAUCCGCAUCUCUUGUCGCAGUAUGAAUCUAAGAGCAUGGAUGAAAAAGAUGACCAUCCCAGCACCGUUGUCCUGUGUCGUGCGGACGACAAAUUUGUUCUAGAACAGGACAUGUGUGUGGCUUGUGGGUCCUUUGGUUCCGACACUAUCCUCCUUGCUUGCGCUCAGUGUGGACAAUGUUAUCAUCCGUUCUGCGCGGACGUUCCGAAAAUCACCCGAACUAUGAUUGAGCGAGGUUGGCGCUGCUUGGAUUGCACUGUGUGUGAAGGUUGUGGUGGCACUAACAAUGAAAGCUUACUCUUAUUAUGCGAUGAUUGCGACAUCAGCUACCACACUUAUUGUUUGGAUCCGCCAUUACAGGAAGUUCCAAAGGGUGGAUGGAAGUGUUCUGAAUGUGUCAUGUGCUCUAGCUGCGGCCAACGGGAUCCCGGUUUACAUGGAAAGUGGCAUGCCAACUACUCUCUCUGUGCUCCGUGUGCAUCACUAGCCACUUGCCCCGUGUGUACAAUCGCUUAUCGCGAAGGUGAAUUACUGAUCCGCUGUUCCCUUUGCGCUCGAUGGGCUCAUGCGGCAUGUGACCAGCUUCGCACGGAGGAGGAGCUGGAUUUGGUCACUGACUUGGGUUACAAUUGUCUGUUAUGUCGAGAGGCCGGGGCCGAAAUGGGAGCUGGGCAUGUACAGAUUCUCGCCUAUCGUCAAGCUGGCGGGGGAAUUUCAAAUGCCGUGGAAAACAUCAAAUUUGGCGAGGGCACUGAACAGUUUUUCUCCGACAGAUUGUCCCCCUCGAUGUUCCCAAAUGCAUCUUGCCUCAGCCGAUGGCGCAGUGAAGACCAGACCUCUUCCCCGACUGAAACUCGGCGAUUUUACAUGGAUGGCGUGGUAUUGAGCGAAACUGGCCUGAACGCUAUUCGGCAAGCGAUGCUAAAAUCUCAACCGAAGCGGCCCACUGCUGCUAGUCAGCGACGGCUCCACGGACAAGCUGCCGCCGCUGAAUCGGGACCUUCCAAUGAUACUCCGUUAUCUGGCACCACACCGCUGGGUUCUCACGGUCAAGUCGAUGAGGAAGGUUCCUUACAGUCAGGUAUGGACCCGGAAGUGGAAUCAGUGAAUUACCCCGAUUGGAAAUCGCCCAGUUUGCAUUCAGAGGACGAUGCCAACUCCGUACUUACCACAACCGGUGUGGUUUCCACCACAUCCAGUGACUCUCAACGUCACCUUUCUGGAUCAACGAAGACCAGCGGUAGUACUCCAACACUUACAGCGAACACAAAUGCGAAAUUGCCGGUCUCGUCGAGUGGUGCAAGGAAUCGCCGAUCGUUGAAUCUAGGAAUCGGAGGGUUUCGCGCCAAGCCAGCUCGUAUCGCUCAAACUAAAAAGAUGCAACUUGCUGCUGCGUCCGAUCCAUUGCGCCAGACAUCGUCCUACAGCAAUCCCGUGAUGUAUUCAUUAGAAUCCACUGCUGGAAAUAAACGGAGGAAACAGCAGAAAAAAAAGUCAGAAUUGGAAGAUAGCUACCCAGACUACCUUAUGGAGGCUUUCUACGGGUCUUACUUUUUGACUGCUAAAAUCAAAUCAGUUAAAAAGCGGAAGGUCCGUGCUUCUCAAAGACAUGCACGCGUUGAAGAGGAUAUGACGGGGAAAAAGUCGCACACUGGGCGCUCGGUGGUUUCAAAGCCUUUCGAUGCUUUUCAAUCUUCGAUGAACACGAAGGCCAAUCUGAAUGCACCUCAUUCCCAGCCAUCUGUCGGAUCUUCAUCUGAAGGCUCGUCUUUUUUUGCGGUUGGCGACCAUAUUUCUGUUUGGCCUCAUCCCGAUAACCACUCUGAAGGUGAAAUGGAGUCGAAAACUAACAUUGAAGUUAACGUCGGCGACGAGGACAGUGUGGACGGAGUGGAUGACGACUUAGAAGUAGACGACGACUUUGACGGAGAUUUGGGCUGUUUAGAAGAUGCAGAAGAGGACUUCGACGUUGAUCCAUUUGAUGACGACGCCGAUGGAGACAUCGACGUUCAUACCUCUUCUGAAAUUCGUCUCAAUGGAUCUGUUCUAGGGAAUCAACCGAUUGCUGACAUAUCAUGUGAUCGCUUACAGGGGACUACUUCGCUACUUGACAUUUCAUCGGGACAAAACUACAGCUGCGACGGUUCUCUCGCCAAAGGUUCCCUCGCACAUGAUAUGAGCCGUUUGACUCAAACAACUUCAUCAAAACUGGGCUCAGUUGCUAGUGGACUCUCUUUCGAUCAACAGCUAUGCGUUGAUUCCAAUGUUGCUGACUCCGGUUUGGCGCGUCCACCUAUUCCCGGAUCGGUUGAAGACGAAGUAAGUUUCGUUAUCACGUCUUCUGCAGGCGGAUCACAGCAACCGACGUGUCAGUUUUCAUCUGGCCAGGAGCAACUUAUUCGGAAUCCUCAGCACACAGGUUUGGAUGACGUAUCAGACUUUAUGUUUAUGCAAGAUUACUUCAUGAAUAUUGAUGAUUUGGCCGAUACUGAAGAAACGGAUACGAACGCGGCUUUGCUGCAACAGUCUGUAGCAGUUAAUCCCUCACAACGUCCACCAAGCACCUACUUCGAUUCAGGACAGCAGAGGGUGCAUUGCAGACAACCACUUAUCGCCACUGUCACAUCAACUCUUCAGUCCCCUUUGGUAGAGGCUUCGUCACCUAAAUCGUCUAGACCUCUUUCUCAAGUUUCUCGUAAUAUAUUUUGUGCACAACCUCCGCUCUCCUCGAAUCCUGACGACUCGCUUUCCCGCACUUCUCAUCCUCACGAUUUGCAUGUCGCUGCUACUCCCAGACGCUUUUUCGCCCAGGAACAACUGUCUGCUGCUUAUUCACACGCACGUGUGGUGCGUGCUGUUCCUGUUGAACUACCUGCUUCUUUGCUGCACUCUCCCAUGAACCCCAUCGUAAUCCCUGACACAGCAGCGGGUCGGGAACUUCUCUCCUCUGCAAAGUUUUCACUGGAUCUUAAAUCGACGAGGGGCGGAAGAAAUUUGGAUCAUCAGAUCUUAACGCCGGGCCAUGAAACUGAGGUUGCAGCCUCCGGUCGUUUACCACCUCACCUCGUUGAAUCCACUCGUGGACGUGAUACAGCUGUGAGGACAGAAGUUGCUUCGGCUACUCAUACAUUAAACGCCAGUGCACUUCUUUCCGAAUGUCCUCCUGUCAAAGCUGCAACUCUCAGUGAUUCUCAGGAAAGAGUAUCUUUAAACGCGACGUCUGGACACUUACCCGAACUGUCUGUUAUAGACAUCGAGACCCAGUUGGGUCCAACUGUGGGCUUUGAAUCUAGUGAUGUCUUCAAGGGGUUGUGUUCGGCUGAGCCGGCUGCCAAUUUGCUUUCUAGUGGUACUUCUAGAGAGAAUUUGCUAGUUUCAGGAUUUCCAUCGGAUACCAGUUUGCCACCGGUUCGUGUCCAGCAACAGCCACAUCGGCCAGAACCACAGUCACCUCAACACUACUCAGGUGGUCAACCGCCCACUCACUUACUCCAGGUUGGUUCAGAUUCCUCUCUCAGGGCGGUGCACGGGCAACACCCUGUGGCACAGCAACUGUAUCCAGAGCUUCAACAACACCAACAGGCCCAACGAGAACCGUGUCAAAACAUGCAUUCCAGUAUGAGUGCUUCUUUUCAGCGGUUGUCACCGUUGACCGGUGCACCGCUGCAUCAGAGUCUACCACAGGUUCAAUUCGAUUCUCAAGGCACUCGUCUUCAAGUUCGUGGUUCUCAACCAUCCUAUUUGUAUGCACACUUGGUUCCUGCUCAAGGGCGCGUUCUUCCUCAGCACCCGAAACCACAGCUACUACCCCAGCGCAUUCUUUGCUCACCCAGUGCAUCGACCACAGGACAGCCUCAGGUGCAAAUGCUCGUCGGGUGUCCGCCUACUGCACAUGUGUCCCACGCUGGUUCUCAGAAAUCACCUCAUGAGCGUGCCCCUCCCCCGCCUCCUCCGUAUCCGACGCAACCUGUCCGACCAUCUGGUAUAUGGCAAAACCAAGCGCCCCACCAGCAUUUGCUUCCUCCAAGUGGCCAAGGAGCAGCGGUGCUCACAACACCUGGUCAGAGUACCGUCGCUCAGGACACCAGCUCAACUCAGCUGAUCUUGUCUCCGCCCCCGACGCCAAUUUUGCAGACACAGCAGCUCAUUCACUCCGGUGGGACUCAGGUUGCUCAGAUGGAACAAUUCCAGGGGACUUUGCCUCAGGCAGAGGCACAGCACAUUCCUGGUCACGUAAUCGUUCGCAGUCAGCAAUUCGUCCAAAAUCAGCAUAGUCACCCGUAUUCAAAUGACCAUCAGGGCGCGCGCCCCUCUAGUUCAGAUCCAUUCACAGGAGUCGGUCAUAUGGUUUCUGCUCAAGUAUCUACCACAAUGGCCUCGCUAUCAGCUCACUGUGGACCUUUGCACUUCCAUUCGACCACUGGUGAAAAGUCCUUGCGAGGCUCUACUGAGACACACUUAACUACAAUGUUGAGUCCUACGCCGACUGCAGAUUUGCCUCUCGGACAGCGUUUGGGUCCAUUGGGCGCAUCACCGAGUGCCAGCACUCAUGCCGGUAUUACCGUUGCGCCUCCGUCUUCUAGCCGGCGUAUCAAUUAUAACAAAUGGGAAGAGGAUGAACGCCUUGGCAACCAAUCAACAAUCGCUCCUGUGCUCCAUGCAAACGUUUCUCAUCCUAGGCUUCGUGGUCAGGUGCCAGAAUUCACUGCCCGCGUGAAGGAGAUUAGUAAGCUGUGGCGUCGAUUGUCAAGUGAAGAAAGGGGCACGUGGGUGUCACAAGCUCGCAACAAUCGUACCAAUCUACGAAGUGGCCAAGCCCAUGCCGUACCGGCCAGUACUGCAACUACCACCACUUCAGGGAGUUCGUCUUCCGUUCCUUCUGAAUGCUUAAUCCGGCAAAAGUCCUUAGAUGAGGUCAUUUCUUAUGACACGAUAAAACACACUUUCCCUCAGGUAGCCUAUUCCUCCGAUUCCUCGCUGGGGCAGGAGCAGACUCAAUUCCAAAUGCCGACUGCUGCGCGCUUGCAGUCCUCGAUCGCGUUACCAUCUCCAGCUAUACAAUCAUUGCUCAGUCAAGAUUCCCACAUGGAAAUGAGUUCAUCGGAACUUGCAAACGUCACCAGUAUUCGUCCAAACCACGGUGUUCACGCGAUCAUGAUUGAAUCUGCUGAGUUCAGAGUGAAUGAAGCUCCUUAUGCCGCCGAACACCUACCACCUUCGCUUGAACUCAUUCAUAAACGAAAACCGGAACUAUCUUCCCCUUGUAACACGAGCCCGAGUUUUUCCUCCAACCGGCAUUCUUCGAUGGAUAGUCUGAGUGGCUCAACUCGUUAUUCUCCCCAUGAAGCAUCGCAGUGUGAACAGCAUUCGGCCACGGCUUCUAUGUCCAUCGUCUCUUCCAUUCCUAGUGCGCACAUGUUUUCGAAGUCCUCACAACCACCCACCUCAGCGAAUCCACAAGCCUAUACCCUUAAUUCGACCAUGUGUUCUUCUGUUCAGCCACCACAUCGUUCCAAUUGUCACUCGUUCUCACAACAAGCUGCAAUCAACUCUCAUUCACAGCUAUCACUUUCUGGGUCCUCCUCACCUUCGUUAGGGAGACGACAGUCUUCUUCAUUGUCCUCCAUUUCCAAUACAAGUCCUGCGUCAAUGCCGCCUGUGCGGACUUCGGACUGCGCGUCACCUACAUUCACACUUCCGCCUCAUGGCCACACAGCAGGCGUGGGUCCCAUCUCUCCAUUAAACCCCAGCCUCGCUUCACCUGGCUGUUCACGACCGUCAUCAAGGCAGCUGAUAGCUUCGGCACCUCCUCUGCCUCCUCCUACUUGGCCUCCGUCCUCUUGUCUCGGUUUGACUCAAGGGAUUAUUUCACCGAAUCAAGCGAAGCGAACCCUCUCUCCAGUGACCCAGCCCCACUCGAAUUCGACCGCAGUGUCUCCCAUAUCGCUGAGGUCUCCUCUUGGCUCGCACAACCUACCCGUCUCUGGCUUCCAUCCACAUUCACUGCAAGGGGGAUCAGCAUAUCCACUAGCCAGUCCGUCUCUGUCUCCAGCUGUUUCACCAUCCAGCCUACUGGGUGUUCACCGGACCAACCAGUUAAACACUUCGACUCAUUGUUCCCCGUAUCCAUCACAUGCUUCCCAUCCGCAUUAUUCUGCCCCGGCCACCGGACAUUCGAUCAACGGGCACUUAUCUGGGCGUGCUGUCGCUUCCCAACACAUUGGCGCCGGUACAUCAUUGCAUCAAAGUAUCAACUACAUCACUUCCACCAUAUCAUCUUCCAUUCAGCGGUCUCCGCCAGGCCCGCGCUGUGGCUCCACUCCCGCUCCAUCACAAUCCGCUUCACAACUGGCACAAACGAAAUCCAUGGGCACCACCUGCAGUAUGGGUGGCAAUGGCUAUUAUUCCUUAGGAUCUUGCAAUACCGAAGUCUCACACAGUGUGUCCGUAGAAUCCGACCACACUACACGCUGCCGCACCUCUUCCUUUGCGAACUCUUCAGGUACUGAAAAUCAGCAAGGUGGCCCUCAAUCUUCUUACACCCCGCACGGACUGUCACAACCACAGGCCGUCUUUUCCAAUGCUGAAGUCGAACGCCAACGGCUGAAGGAGAUCUUAGCCAAACAAGUUCAUCAGCGUCAAAUACAUCAGCAACAAAUUCUUCAGCAGCAACAACAGCAGCUUCAUGAUCAAGAACAUAUGAUGCACCAUGUGUCUAUGCCGUCCCAAGGUCACCAUGGUCAACAGAUGUUAAGUAAUACAUCUUACGCAACAGUUGACCAACCGAGCCCAAUUGGCCUUCAGCAGCACCAAUCACCACAUACUACCAACCCUCUUGGGCCGGCCUACGUUGGUUAUCCCAGCCAUACAACUUGGCAAUACCAUUCUCCGUCCAUUCUCUCUAGGCAGCAAACGAAACAGGCCUACUUCCCUCAGCAAGCCGUAAACAUGGCAUCACCAUCGUCCCAUUUACUCUAUCAACAACUUGCUUCCAGGCCGGCUUCCCUGUCUCCUGUAGCAUCUAGACCUGCGACAACUCCGCUUGGACACUCACCACAGGCCGUCUCUCCAGUGGUUCAUCAGCAUUCUACGCACCACCUUACACCCUCACCCUCUCCGUGUUCCCAUGAUUACCUUUCUUCGGUUGCAGCGUCGAGUGGACCAAAGGCGUCGCACAUUCCACCCGAGCUCUUUCAUAUGUCUUCGUAUGCACAAGAGGCCAAAUCCCAGUUCGCUUCACAGGCACUCAGCUUUGCGCAGGUUGGUGACAUUCAGUCCACUUCAGGACUUUCUUUGGGCUCUGCACCCAAUCAAGUCACUGAUGCGACGUAUUCCAUCGGUUCUUCAACUCCGGAUCCAUCACGGGCAUCAAUGCAAUCCUCAUUCUCACCACGGGAAUCUGCACCUGGAUUAGAAGAAGUUGGUUUUGAGCCACCUGUAAUCGUUAGCCGGGUGGUGGCAACCAAAGAGAAGCGCAACCCAAGUACACAUACUUCGAAUAUUUUACAGCAUGCUCAAAAUAUCCCACUGCGCCCGCCGUCUCAUCUGGUUUUGCAGACCCAACAAACACAUCUAUCUCCUCAAUCGACACUAGCUGAAUUGAGGAUGACCAUGUCCUCCGGCGCGCUGGAAUCAUCAGGCGCAGAAUAUUUCUUUCAUGCAUCUGAAUCCGAUGAGCUAGGGUUUCACAUGGUACAACGCAUGCCUCCAGCUCACAGUGACCGCGCGCCUGUGAUUGGGCCAGUUGUGUUCUCCGGAAUUCGCGACCUUGCUUCCACUGCAUUUACGCCGUGUACGUCAGUGGCCGCUCAGCUACCCAGUUUAACCUCUUCACAGCUCCCUUCAGCAUCAAGUGGUCUUUUUGUCGACUUCCACUCGACACCUUUAAACCCGAGGACACCGCAACAAUAAAUUUGUUACAAUAAUUUGGUUUUAUAAAACGUUUAUCUGCCCACUUAAAGUAGCAUGUUUUUACUGUUCUACCAAUUCUGUCUAUUAAAUUCUGUAAGUUCCCGUAGAUAACUUCAUGCUUAGCUUAUUGCCUGUGGUGCUUGUACUUUUAAAUCACCUCACGUGAUGUACGCGGUUUGGGUCCACUUUCUUUCAUUGUCUUCGUGUUGUUCCGUUGCAUUUUCUGCCAAUUGCUUUGGACUCAAUGAUCGUUACAUGGGUUUGCAUACUGCUAUCCUUUAACUUCCUCUCUCAUGCUUUACGCAACUGAUAAUCUCAUCUCUCAUUCGUG